AAAAUGAAAAACCCUAAACGCAGGAACCCGGAUGUCGUCCAUUCAUACGAUUAGCAGCUUUCUCCCAUCGAGAUUUUGUUCGAGGUUUUGCGGUAUCAUCUUCAGGGCUGCACAUUGAUUGGAAUUCAAAGUCCCGUGUUCGGUUCCGGGUUUUACUUCUUUUGCAAAUCAACCAGCAUUUUUAUGGAACACUGUUAAAGUAUCCCAGCUUCGGUCGAUCUCAUCUUUCUUGAUUGGACGAAUGGAUUUCAUAUUAGUUAUGCGUGCUAGAUUGGAUAUUUCAUUCAUUCCAUGAAGAGUAGAGAGUGGAAGCAAGAAUCAGUCACACAAUCUGAGGGACCGAACAGAAUACCUGGGUGUAAACGAGCAAGGAUUGUGAUUGAGAAUAUAUGGGAAGAUAGAGCAGAGCCCAGUGAUGGCGUGGGGCUGCAAAUGACCCUCUUGUUCUUCUCUAGCCGUGCCUACAGGUUUCGAGCCUCCAAUUUCUUCAUUGCCCAGUUUUACAGCAUUGCAGACGGAGUAUCCCGCGCUCGACCUUUUUGUGAUAGAGAGGUAAUCCGAAACCCGGAGGCUUGGUUAGUGAAGGUUGUUUGCACUCUCUUUUUUCGAUCGCAUUCCCUUAAUGCUUGCUUUGGUUAUCUAAGUAGAAACUUGAACCCUUCAAUCGCUUUCGAGGUUAUUAAGCGGUUUAGAGAUCCAUUAUUAGGUUUGAAGUUUUUUGAGUUUAGUAGAACACACCUGAGCAUUAACCAUACUUUUAAUACCUAUGAUUUGCUCGUGAGGAAUCUCUGUCAAAUGGGUCUCAACGAUUCUGCAAAAACUGUGUUCGAUUGCAUGAGGACUGAUGGGAUAUUGCCGGAUAGUUCCAUAGUAGAAAUUUUGGUGUCUUCAUACGCUCGAUUGGGGAAGUUAGAUGCUGCCAAAAAUUUUCUUGAUGAGAUUCACUGUUAUGGUAUUAAAGUGAGUCCUUUUGUAUACAAUAACUUUUUGAAUAUGUUGGUCAAGCAGAACCAAGUAGAUGAAGCUGUCUUGCUAUUCAGAGAGCACUUGGAACCAUAUUUUACUCCAGAUGUUUACACCUUCAAUAUACUAAUUAGAGGAUUGUGCAGAAUAGGAGAAACCGAUAAGGCGUUUGAGUAUUUACAGAAUAUGGAAAAUUUUGGUUGCUUUCCUGAUAUUGUUUCAUAUAAUACGCUUAUAAAUGGGUUUUGUAGAGUUAAUGAGGUUAGUAAGGGGCAUGAUUUGUUAAAAGAAGUUCAGUCAAUAAAAGGGGUUUCCCCAGAUGUUAUAACGUACACAUCGAUUAUAUCUGGCUAUUGCAAGUUGGGUGACAUGAGGGCAGCUUCUGAGCUUUUUGAUGAGAUGGUUAGUUCUGGAAUCAAACCCAACGACUUCACUUUCAAUGUUCUCAUUGAUGGUUUUGGUAAAGCUGGAGAAAUGAGAUUGGCUUUGGCCAUGUACGACAAAAUGCUUCUUCUCGGCUGUCUACCAGAUGUGGUUACGGUCACUUCCCUGAUUGAUGGCUAUUGCCGGGCGGGUGAAGUGAAUCAAGGUUUGAAGCUCUGGGAGGAGAUGGAAGUAAGAGACCUGUCUCCAAAUGUUUAUACCUAUGCUGUUCUCAUUAACGCUCUCUGUAAGGAAAAUAGAAUACAAGAGGCAAGAAACUUUUUGAGGCAUUUGAAAUUGAGUGAGAUUGUUCCUAAACCAUUUAUUUAUAAUCCUGUGAUUGAUGGGUUUUGCAAGGCUGGGAAGGUGGAUGAGGCAAAUGUCAUAGUGGCUGAAAUGCAGGAGAAGAGAUGCCGCCCAGACAAAAUAACAUUUACCAUCCUAAUUAUAGGCAACUGUAUGAAAGGGAGAAUGGUGGAAGCAAUUAACAUUUUUUAUAAGAUGUUGGAAACCAAGUGUAUUCCAGAUGAAAUAACUAUUAAUUCUUUGAUAUCUUGCCUUCUGAAGGCUGGAAUGCCUGAUGAAGCCUCUCAAAUCAAGCAAGCUGCUUUCGAAAACCUGAACUUCGACUUGUCAUCGUUGAAGAAUCCACUUACAACAAAAUCUUCAUGUGUGCCAGUUGCUAUUUGAUAAGGUCUGUUGUGGAAGUGGACUAAUAAUUUUUUUGGCCUGAAACGAUUUGGAAACGCUCUCUUCUUGUGCAUCAACUCACAAGAAAAGCAAGUGAAGGACGAGACAAGCAGCCUAACAGACGGCCAGUAGUAGUUGGAGUUACCCCUUGAAGGGUUUAAACCUCGCUGUCGGAAUCCAACAAUAAUGGCUGCCAUGCAGUUUGUUUGAACACGCCGAUCAAAGGUCAAACCUUGGGAUUUAUAGCACUUGAUCUCACACUGUUUUCAUUAUUUUUAUCAUUGUUGGUGAUUCUGGGUGAGUAAUAGGGUUAGUGACUUGAAGAAAUGCAGAUGAGCACAGACCCUCCCAUUCUUUAAUCUUGUGGUUUAAGAGAGGAAAACAAUGUUGGGGUUGACAUAGGCUUUUGGUCAUGUACAGGACAUCAUUUCCUUUCACCUUCUAAAAUUAUGUAAAAUAAAUACAAGGAUUAUCUUUGAACACAAGUAUUAACGGGUGGUGUUAUGGCCCGUUUUGAAUGAGAUUUCAUGUUAAAGAUGUCCA